GAAAAGUUGAUGUUCAAUCUUAUUUUGGAAAAGAAAGAAAAGAGAUUAGAUGGAUCGAUCGAUCGAUCGAUCGAUCGAUAGUAAGUAGGUAGGUCUACAUGAAAACAGCCACUUGUCUUGACCAGGCUUUCCAGUUCUGCCAAUGGCACUUCCCUCUAAGAGGAUUUAUAAUAUAACGGUGGAGCAAAAACAUGGGAAGGUUAGUAAUUGCCGAGGGUUUAAUCCUUGAGCUCUGGGACCAAUGAUGGAGAUGGUGAGCUAUUUUGUGGUCAGAUUUUACCCUUUUGAAGAACAAUUGACGGCAUGUUUUGUAACAUUAUAUGACAUUUGAUGAAUAUACUGGAGAGAGAGUUAGAAGUCAAGGGAGAGGAAAAAUGUUGUUUCAACUUCUGCUGUACGUUGCAUUUGCAACAAAUUUGAUCACACCUGAGUUGUCAGGUGCUACAGCCACCAAAACUAAAACGCAAGUGACCAACAACUCAGGCGUGACACCAUCUGGGCAGUGUGGCGCCUGGGUGAAGGAGCCCGAGGGAGGCUAUUUCACCUCGCCCAACUACCCGGAGAAAUACCCACCCGAGAGGGAAUGUGUCUACAUUAUAGAAGCUUCUCCCCGCCAGUGCAUCGACUUGUUUUUUGAUGAAAAGUAUUCCAUUGAACCAUCAUGGGAGUGUAAGUUUGACCAUAUCGAGGUGCGUGAUGGACCGUUUGGUUUCUCGCCCAUCAUUGGACGCUACUGCGGCCAGGAGAGCCCCAUGUACGUUCGCUCCAGUGGGAGGUACUUGUACAUCAAGUUUGUGGCUGAUGGAGAGCUGGAGGCCAUUGGGUUCUCAGCCCGCUACAACUUCACACAAGAUCCUGAGUUCAAAGGUGUGGGAGAAUUGCCAGCAUUGCCAUUUUGUGAGUUUGAGCUGACUGGUCCCGAAGGCUUUGUGGAAUCUACUCAGAUAACCAGGGAGAAGCGGGCCCUGCCAACAGAAGCUGUGGACUGCAGGUGGUUUGUCCGAGCCCCACCAAAAGCUAAGAUCUACAUGCGCUUUCUGGAGUAUGAGAUGCACAACUCCAAUGAGUGCAAGCGUAAUUUUGUUGCCAUUUAUGAUGGCAACAGUUCGGUUGAGCACCUGAAGAAUAAGUUCUGCUCCACGGUUGCCAACGACAUCAUGCUAACAUCCGCUUUGGGUGUGGUAAGGCUGUGGGCAGAUGAGGGAAGCAGGAAAAGCAAAUUCAAGAUCCUCUUUACAACCUUCCUUGACCCUCCAUGUGAAGGAGACACUUUCUUUUGCCACAGCAACAUGUGCAUCAACCACACCCUUGUCUGCAAUGGCAUCCAGAACUGUGUGUAUCCAUGGGAUGAGAAUCACUGUAAAGAGAAAAGGAAACCCAGCAUUUUGGACUCUCUGGACAACACAAACAUCACUAUCAUUGCUGUGACGUGCGGCCUGGUUGUCAUCCUGCUCAUCAUCUCUAUCAUCAUCCAGGUCAAACAGCCUCGUAAGAAGUACAUCAUCCGCAGAGAUGACUUUGACCCUGCCCUCCUCCAUCUGGGGCUCGAGCCUCCUCACUAUGAGCUCUGCACUUUACGACAUGUCCCCUCAGGUGACCUGACUGAUGCCGCAAUGGGCGAGGAAUUCGAGAACUCCCACAAGCUGCGUCGAUCCUCCUCCAAAUGCAUUCGCGACCACCACUGUGGAUCACAGCAGGGAAGCAUGCACGGCAGUGUCCGAGGUAGCCGCAGCAACCUGAGCUUGAGAGAGGCUACGAUCGAUCCUGACGGUGGGGCUCUACCUCCGGGAAUGGUGAGCCAGCAGUCACCACGGCUCUCCCACCGCACGACCCCAGCCGGUCACAGGAACAUCUUAGUGAUGAAACACAGCUACUCUCAGGAUGGGGGAGCUGGGUACAGAGAGGAUGAUGAUUUGAUGAUUGAUGAUGGCCCAACUACCAGCAGGCACCACAUUCACCACCAUCAGACCCAUCACGGCAUUCCAGGCCUGGACCACACUGUUCACCGUACAUUGUCCAAUGACUUCUAAUAUGGCAAAAUUACAAUGUCAUUCACAUACAGUAAAUCGACUGAAGAAAUGGAUACAACCUCAGUUAUUGAACUACAGACAGUAAAACCCUAAUUUGUAAUGAUGCAAGGUUAUUUUGUGAAUUGUGCCACAACUCCACUCCUGUGAAUUGAAGUAUUAUUGUAAUUUGUGCUUAAGCGUGACCAUUUUUCAUUUGUCCCAAAGUGCAUUCUUUUUCUUUUAACGAUGUUCAUUAUCUAUAUAUUUCCCAACAAUAAAUAAAUUCAUAUAUACGUACAUCUUUAUGAGCACGCGC